AUGAGUUGGCAUACCAAAGAAGAUGUGCUUGAUGACCUUGCACAGGUUAUGGGAAACGAAAUAAAGGAACUUGAUGAACAAUAUAUUUUAAUCGGUGAGCAACCACCGCCACCCUCUUGCACAUCAAAUGAAGCGGAUGACCAUGAAAUUUAUUUAAGGUUAUAUGGGGCACUUGGAGACAAACUAAUAAAUGAUGAUACAAAAGGCCCAGAUUUGUCUGGCAUUACUGAAAUGUUACGAAUGGUAGACGAUUACCAUUGUUCCAAUAAUAAUAAAGAUGAAGCACACAUUCUUCAAAGUUGUAACAAAACUGGAAUUGUAAUAACCAAAUUAAACGUGGAUAUCCCAGAAUAUAUUCCUGAAAAUGCCAGCCAUAAAGAAAAUACAAAAGUUGAAGUAAAUACGGAAAACAAAACGAAAAAUGGUGAGCCAUCAAAUGACAUGACUCAGAACUCAGAGUUAAAACCGUUACCAACUGGACCAUCCCCACAAGUGAACGAGAUCAAAAGUGCUCUCGAAAUCGCCGAGAAGGCGAACAGCGCGAAUCAAGAAGUUGAAGAAUCUGUUGCAAAAGUGAACAGUUGGUUGAACAAGGGAAACGACCACCUGCCGUCGGCAUCCAAGGGGCCUGCGUUGUAUUUAGGACCAGUGACGUUCAAAAGGAAGCAGGCGAAGAAACCUAAAUCGCCAAUUUCGGAAGCAUCUGACAAAUCCUUGAAUAGGAUGGUUGACACUUCCUUUGUGCCGUCAGAGUAUGCAAGCAAACUGACGCAGAGCUAUAUGGACCGUGUCAAAGCUAAAGAGGACAAGUCCCUGGACAUAUGGGGGAAGCUGGAGAGGGAUUUGAAGGCUAAAGAUGAAGAAGUCAAGUCAACCAGACGCCAACAACAGCUCGCC